AUGUUUGAUCCAAUCGAUUCCGAUGCUAUAUAUGGUCCACUUGAUGAAAGUGAAGAAGCGGUAGCUGCUGCUAAUGAAUUAGCAGAAAAAAAUGACGACCCUGAUAUGCAAAUGUCCGAAACUGUUCAUAUACAAUUACUAGAUGAUUGUUAUAAUUGCUUUAAUGAUGGUAAAACAAAAAUUGAUUAUAUUCUUGUCUAUGAAGAUAAACGUACAACAACUACUGAUGAAUUAGUGAUUUCAUUAUCAACAACGAUGAAUAAUGAUGAAAAUGAAAAGUUGGCUCUUGCAUUACAAAAGCAAAAAGAUAGACGUCGUUUAUUUAAAAGAAGAUUUCUUAGUAAUUUAUCUAAAAUAGGUCUUUUAAUGGAAACUGAAGUUCGUGAAAGUGAUCGAAGUUUUGUUUAUUUUAUUAAAAUUCAUAUACCAUGGUUAUUACUGCUUAAAUAUGCUGAAGACUUGAAUUUUCGUGUACCAAUUCGAGCAGUUAAUAAUUAUAGUUGUAAAAUAAGAUUUGUUGAUCGUAUACUUCGUUUUUUACAUCUUUCACAUAAUCCAUUUUUAUCUGAAGCAUCUAAACGUUACUAUGAUUUAUUUACAUCUGUAUUUGAAAUAUCAAAACAAGAUCGUUUUAUGGGUAAUAAUCAUUUUCCUGUUCAUUUUACAAAUACUCAACGAAGUUUUGCUGUACAUGAAAUUUUACAAACAACACUAUUUGGUCGAAUAGAAAAAGGUGAAAUUGGUAUUGAUCGUUUAUUACGUGAAAGAGUAUUUCAAGCUGCUUAUCCAUUACAUGAAGGAGAUUAUAGAUUUAAUGCAACAGAACAACCAACACCAUUGAAUGAAAAUAAUCCACGAAGAAUUUUAUAUGACACAUGGGCACGUUAUAGAUUUUUUUAUAAAUAUCAACCAUUAGAUUUAAUUCGAGAAUAUUUUGGAGAAAAAAUCAGUCUUUAUUUUGCUUGGCUUGGUCUUUAUACAACUUGGCUUUUACCAACAUCAUUAAUCGGUGUAUUAGUCUUUUUUUUCGGCUUUAUUCAUUUAUCUAAUGAUGUACCUGCUUAUGAUGUUUGUACGAUUGGAAAGAAUAUUACAAUGUGUCCCAUUUGUGAUGCGUGUCCGUAUUGGAAUCUUUCGGAUAUAUGUUCAUAUGCACGUCUUGGUGUGUUUUUCGAUCAUCCAGGAACCGUCUUUUAUGCAAUAUUUAUGUCGUUCUGGGCGGUAACUUUUCUCAAACGUUGGAAACAGAAAAAUGCUGCAAUAACACAUCGAUGGGAUCUAAUGGAAUUUGAAGAAGAAGAAAAUCGACCUCGACCUGAGUUUGUAAUACGUUCAUCAACAGUUGAAAAAAAUCCUGUUACUGGAAUUCUUGAACCUUAUUUUCCAGCAGCAACUCGUCAAUAUCGUAUAUUAUCUGGUGUUAUGAUUCUUACUGUCAUGAUUUGUAUGGUUAUUAUAUUUAUCAUAGCAAUAAUUGUUUAUCGAAUAAUUAUUAGUAUUCCAUUAUUUCGAAGUCAAGAUUUACGACAAUAUGCACUUAGUGUUGCAUCGAUUAGUGGAGCUGUGAUUAAUUUAAUUAUUAUUAUGGUAUUAGGUCGAUUAUAUGAAAUUAUUGCUUAUAAAUUAACACAAUGGGAAAUGCAUCGUACACAAACGGAUUUUGAUAAUCAUUUUACAAUAAAAGUGUUUAUUUUUCAAUUUAUUAAUAUUUAUUCAUCUAUUUUUUAUAUAGCUUUUAUUAAAGGAAAAGCUGCUGGUUAUCCUGGACAUUAUGUGAAAAUAUUGAAUUUACGACAAGAAGAAUGUGGUCCAGGGGGUUGUCUGGUGGAAUUAGCAAUACAAUUAGGAAUCAUAAUGAUAGAAGUAAUGUGGCCAAAAAUUCUUGCAUUAUAUCAACGAUGGGAAGUGUCAAUACCAAAAACUAAAUAUACAACUCAAUGGGAAGAUGAUUUUAGACAUAGUGAAUUUGGUGGUUUAUUCCAAGAAUAUCUUGAAAUGGUUUUACAAUUUGGUUUUAUAACAAUAUUUGUUGCUGCUUUUCCACUUGCUCCAUUAUUUGCAUUACUUAAUAAUUGGAUCGAAAUUCGACUCGAUGCAAAAAAACUUACUUGUGAAACAAGACGUCCAAUUGCUUUUCGUUCAUCAACAAUUGGUAUAUGGUUUAAUAUUCUGCAAGUUCUUGCUUAUUUAGCUAUUGUAGCUAAUGCUUUUCUAAUUGCAUUUACUUCAGAAUUUUUACCGAAAAUUCUUUAUCAAUAUACAGUUGAUCGAGAUUUAAAAGGUUAUACAUAUUUCACAUUAGCUAAAGCACCAGCAAAUACUACAUCAACAGAAUGCAUGUAUCGCGAUUUUCGAAAUCCAGAUGGUACUUUAACUGUAUUUUUUUGGAAAUUACUUGCUCUUCGAUUAUUUUUUGUGAUUUUAUUUGAACAUAUUGUUUUUGUUUUAUGUCGUUUAACGGAUGCUGUCAUUGAUGAUAUACCUGAAUCUCUUUCAAUUAAAAUUCGACGAGAAAAAUAUUUAGCUAAACGUGCUUUACAAAAUUCCAGUAGUUAUAAUCAAAUCUUCGAAGAACUUGAAGAUGAUCAUACAUCACGAUCAAAAUUGACUCGUUUUUUUCGAGCUGGUAGAUCAAAAACACCAGCUAUUACUUCGAUUGAUAUGCGACGAACAGAUUAA